GUGUUGACACUGCAUUUGUUUACAAUUCGGGUACAAGGCUUUUCUCGCACUUUUGACUUAUUACACUGUUAUGACACGGGAUUUGAACAUGAAAUACUGACGUACUCUUCCAUUUUACGCCAGCUCGCCAUGGACCGUGCGCUGGAGAGGCAGUGUUUGGAGCUUGUGGCCCGAGAGAGGAGCGGACACACGGCUGUUCUGCACAACAACCUGCUCUAUGUGUGGGGAGGAUACAUGUCAGUUGGAGAUGAUGAAGUCUUCCUGCCCAAUGAUGAGCUCUGGGAGUAUGACUUAGAACGAGGCGUGUGGAGAGUCUUGCACACUACAGGGGACGUCCCACCUUCCAUGUCCGGGAGCUGUGGCUGCUGCCUCAAUGGAGUGUUGUUCAUCUUUGGAGGAUGUGAUGACAAUGGACAGACCAAUGAGCUCUACAGUGUGGACCUGACUGAUGGCACCUUCACCUGGAAGAAGAUUAUCCAUGUGUCUGGUGCUCCACCUUCUCCCAGGGACAAGCUCUCCUGCUGGGUCUACGAUGGAAAAAUCAUUUACUUUGGAGGAUAUGGCCACAAAGUUCUCAGUGACUUGGACAGCCGCAGCAGGAACUUCAUAGUGGAUGAAACCUCAUGGGCUGGAGAGGUGUUCUGGGGAUGGAACAAUGAAGUGCAUGUAUUUGACCCAAAAGACUUGAGCUGGAGUCAACCCCAAACCUUUGGCCGAGCUCCAGCCCCACGAGCAGCACAUGCCAGUGCCUCCAUUGGAUCCAAAGGCUAUAUCUGUGGAGGGCGAGUGAUGGAGACCAGGACCAGCGACAUCCACUGCCUGGACCUGGAGACUUACACAUGGACUGAACUGGUCCCCUCUUCGACUGCUCCGGUGGGGCGCUCCUGGCACUCCCUCAGUCCAGUGUCAGACAGCAGGUUGUUUCUGUUUGGAGGACUCAGUAUGGAAUGUAACCCCAUGAGUGAUGGCUGGGUGUUUGACACUGGAAGCAGAAAGUGGACAGAAGUGGAGCAUCCCUUUAAGAACAAACCCAGGCUGUGGCACACGGCGUGUCCAGGCCGGGACUCAGAUGUCAUAGUGUUUGGAGGCAGCUGUGACUACAUUCUGCUCGUGGACACUGGUCACUGUAACGAUGCCUUAGUUUUCCAGAUGCAGCCUUAUCCCCUCUCCAGGAUUUGUGAGGACUACAUUGCCAGAACAGUACAGGGCUGUGACUCUCUUCGGACCCAGGUGCCUCUGCUCCCAGCCAAACUGCAGAGUGCUGUCUACACUCGCAUGUGCUUUUACAGGCCCUCCAAGAAGCACCAGUGACUGCCAUGGUUUUACACUCACACAAGCCCUGCUUUUAAAGGGGAUGUAUAGUUUUUUUUUAAAGUCCAUAUGACAAUUUAAACCACUCUUUUCACUAAAACAUAUUUAACAGCAUUAUAUUUAAAACUCCUAUAUUACACAAAGUGACUCUUGUGAGCUUUUAGACAUGUUAUAAUGUUGUUACCUCAUAAAAAUAUACCUGGAGUUAAGUUUUCUUCAUCCAUACAUGUUUGGAUAUGUAGACAGCCAAUAAUACAGGAUUACUCAAAGUUCAAAAUGCUCUGUUCCACUUUGUGAUGUCAUUAAGUAGUAGUUUUAAAGUUAACAGCUCUUUCUAGCCUCAAUUUAACUGUUUUAUUUUACAAUACACUAAAACAUCCUUAUUGACAACUUUUAAAAAUGUACAAUUGAGAUUACCAGUAGAAAGUAUUUAAUAUUUGAUGGUGCACUGAGGAGUGAAGCACUUUCAAUAAAGCUAAAAUAAAAGCUGUAACUUCAAAGUUUGGCAAAUCCAUGGCCAAAAUUAUCAAAAGACUCUAGUUUAAAUACACAGUGGAGCACUUCCUGUAUCACCACAUGACAUCACAAGGUGGAACAGAGAAAACUAAAUAUGCAGGGUUUGUGUGUUAGACUUGGAGUUGUUUAGUUUCAUUCGCACAUGUUUGUGAAAAAUGAAUGAAAAAGAGCCAGAUCUUCCAAGGAGAACUCUUCGGGUGGCGUGUGCCAUUUUUGCAAGGCUGGUUUUCUGCACAGAGACAGCAGAAGGAGAUGACAGACGCUUCAAGCACCACAACAACACAACACACAUGUAACCAUCACAGGGACUAGGGGAGAUGUUUAAUGAGAUCAAAUUAUUACUUAGGUUUGGUUUAACAUUAUGAUUGCUUGGUAAUGGUUUGGAGUUACCUCUACAUAUGUCAUACCUGCUUCCCAUCUCCAACCAGGAAGUAAAAUGAUAAACCAAAAUGUAAAAACGAGACAAAACAAGGCAAAUUUGUACUAAAAUCUUAAAUGUGAUUAUCUUAGUAGUUUAACCUGUCAAUGACAUAUGUACAUACUGUUUCUCAUCUCACCAUGAUACAGUGUAAUGUUUGACCUUUUUAUUCUGCUGUGUCUACACUUAUUUGAAAAUGUAAUACAGGAGUGUGGUUUCUGUAAAUGAUUAUAAAUACUGAAAGUACUGUAC